GACCCCCGGAGCCGCCGCUGCCCCCCGCGCUGGGCCGAGCCGGGGUGCGGGGCGGGCGCAGGAAGGGGCGGGCUCGCUGCCGGCGCCGCCUCCCGUCCCCCGCCGCCGGCCCGACCCGGGCCCGAGGGCUCCCGCCGCGCGGGCUGCGAGUCGUGCGCCAGCUGGAGGGGGCCGCCCAAGGGAGCCGCCGGGAACCUCGGCCCUCGUCCUUGCUCCAGAAGAAGGGAAGUCACCCUCCAGCAGCUCUGAAGAAUCGUUCCUUCUGCGGACAGAGCCUCCUGUGGCGCAGAGCUGCGCUCACCUGCGCGCCUGCGCGCCUCGUGCCCUGACACCUGCGGGCCUCCUCCCGGCCGUGGGCAUGGCCUCCAGCCUGACCUGCACGGGGCUGGUGUGGGCCCUGCUCUCCUUCCUCUGCGCCGCCGCCUCCUGCGUGGGCUUCUUCAUGCCGUACUGGCUCUGGGGCUCACAGCUGGGCAAGCCGGUGUCCUUCGGCACCUUCCGGAGGUGCUCGUACCCGGUGCACGACGAGAGCCGGCAGGUGAUGGUGAUGGUGGAGGAGUGCGGCCGCUACGCCUCCUUCCGCGGCAUCCCCAGCGCCGAGUGGCGAAUCUGCGCCGUGGUGACGGGCCUGGGCUGCGGCCUGCUGCUCCUCGUGGCGCUGGCCGCGCUCAUGGGCUGCUGCGUGUCCGAGCUCAUCUCCAGGACGGUGGGGAGAGUGGCCGGCGGGAUCCAGUUUCUGGGGGGCUUGCUCAUCGGUGCUGGCUGCGCCCUCUACCCCCUGGGCUGGGACAGCGAGGAGGUCCGGCAGGCCUGCGGCUACGCUUCCGGCCAGUUUGACCUGGGCACCUGCGAGGUCGGCUGGGCCUACGUGUGCGCGGGCGCGGGGGCGGCGGUGGCCACGCUGCUGUGCCCCUGGCUGGCCUGCUUCUCGGGCAGGAGGCCCAAGCAGAACCCCUACUGAGGCCGCGGAGGGCGCCGGCUCCAUGCCCGUGCCGUCAGGGACGCCUCCUCCGGGGAAGGAGCCCGGGACGCUGAGGACGGAGCGGCGAGUGCGAGGCGGCGGAGAAGAACGCACCGAGGGCUGAAGUGACGCGGGCGUGGCUGCUGCUCCUCCACGGGGUGCUGCUAACCUGCCGCGCCCACACACGCACACACGUCUGCAUAUGCAAGCACCGGUUGUCUUUAAAGGCGAGGACUUGGAGACACGAAAGGGCUGGUAGAGCAGGAUUUCGUUGGGUCACAUGGUAACCCAAGAAGGUCCCUGCCGUGAGGCCCCCAGAGUACACGAGCAAUGCAGGAACACACUUCCAUGCAUGCAGACACACAGACACACGUCACAGCUUCCAUAUGUGCACACACAUCACAGCUUCCACAUGUGUGCCCACACAUGCAGGCACAUGUCACGUUUUCCACACGUGCACAUGCACACGUUACAGCUUCCACACAUGUGCACACACAGACACGUUGCACACCAGACUGGAGGUUUAGCAGCACAUCACUCCUCCGUUUUACUUUUAUUAUGCAUUUAAAAUACAGUAUUAUCCCUUCAUAAAGUAUACAUUGAACCAAAUGGAUGGACCAGUAAGCCACCCUGUCAGUAUUUUGUGUAUCCUCAUAAACUGUACUCCUCGACCCACUUUCUGUGCUAUGCCGGCCUCUGUAGUUAAGCCUCUGCACCUCAGUGUACACAAACACUCACAGUUUCUCUGUCUGAGGAGCUCCUCCUCCCGUGGCUCAUGAAGUGAAGGCGGCUUUCUGUCCACGGGAGGGGAGGGAUCAGCUGCAGGUGUGAGGGCGAUGAGAGGCGUUUUCCAGUCAUUAGCACUUGUUUUCUUUUGCCCAUUAUUGUACUGUGCUGUACCACAUUUAUUUCAUUAUUCAUUUUCUAAAAAGUUUAAUAGUGCUAUUUGGUUUGUAUUUGAAAAGCUCUGUGAAUAAAUUCUCUCUUUGAUCAAUAGUAAAA